AUGCGGGGACUCCGCUUCAUCCCCAUCGCCGCGGCCCUGAGCUUCCCCACGCAGUCCCUCGCCCAGGGCAAAACGAAGAUCCACGAAGAAGGUCGGUGUGCGAUUCGCGGCCACUGCGGGAAACAGUCGUUCUUUGGCGGAGAGCUCCCGUGUCCGGAUAAUGAUGUCGCGAGGGAGCCGGAGGCUGCGGUGAGGGAGAAACUGGUGAGCCUGUGUGGCGCCAAGUGGGAAGAUGGGCCGGUAUGCUGCGAGGAGGAACAGAUCGAUGCGCUGUCGAAUAACCUGAAGCUCGCGGAAGGGAUCAUCGCCUCGUGUCCGGCUUGCAAAGACAACUUCUUCAACAUCUUCUGCACGUUCACUUGCUCGCCGGAUCAGUCGCUCUUUAUUAAUGUUACGGAUACUGCGCAGGGAAAGUCUGGGAAAGAGCUAGUCACGGAGUUGGAUAAUAUAUGGUCGGAGGAAUACCAGAGCGGGUUCUACGACAGCUGCAAGAAUGUCAAGAAUGGCGCUUCCGGUGGCAAGGCGAUUGACUUUAUUGGAGGCGGCGCGAAGGACUACCAGCAGUUUCUGAAGUUCCUGGGUGACAAGAAGCUGCUGGGGAGCCCUUUCCAAAUCAAUUACCACACUGAACCUCCGGCAGACUCCCAGGGUAUGAAGGCGCUGCCGGUUCAUCCAAAAUCUUGCAAUGAUGCCGAUCCGGCGUACCGUUGCUCAUGUGUCGACUGCCCCGAUGUGUGUCCUGAGCUUCCUGCGAUCAAGACCGAAGAACGGUGCCACGUGGGGCUUCUACCGUGCCUGUCGUUCUCUGUUAUUCUUAUCUAUUCGGUCUUUCUGCUUGGAGUUGCUAGCUUUACGAGUUACUUUACCUAUAAAGAACGCCGAUACCGCAAGCCUGAACGGGUGCGACUUCUACAAGAUCCGGUUCCGAGCGACGAUGAAGAUGAGGACAGUAUUGUUCACGCAGGCGGGCAUCUGGAGUACCCGCAUGGAUAUUACAAACUCAACUCUAUGCUUGACAUGAUGUUUAGCCGCAUUGGGUCUAUUUGUGCUCGUUUCCCCGCCUUAACGAUAAUAUCGAGUAUUGUCGUGGUUAUCCUUAUGAGCUUAGGUUGGCUGCGGUUUGCGGUGGAGACGGACCCGGUCCGCCUCUGGGUGAGCCCUACUUCGGCAGCGGCUAAAGAAAAGGCGUUCUUUGAUGAGAACUUUGGACCAUUUUACCGCGCCGAGCAGGCGUUCCUCGUCAAUGAUAACGAGACUCGGGAUGGGCGGCUCCUUGAUUACGACACGCUUACCUGGUGGUUUGGCGUCGAGUCGCGUGUUAGCUACUUGUUGUCUGUGAAACACCAACUGACCCUGGAUGAUGUCUGCUUCAAGCCUACAGGUGACGCGUGUGUUAUCCAGUCGGUGACUGGUUAUUUUGGUGGCUCGUUUUCAAACCUCGAUCCAGAUACCUGGCAGGAUCGCCUGGUGCAUUGCGCAGAAUCGCCCGGCGACGUAAGCUGUCUUCCGGCCUUCUCACAGCCUCUCAAGCCCGAAAUGAUUCUAGGUGGCUAUGAGGAGACAGGGGACGUUCUCGAUGCUAAAGCAUUGAUAGUGACUUGGGUUGUGAACAAUCAUGGACCAGGCACAGAGAAAGAGGCCAGGGCUAUUGAUUGGGAGGACAGUUUCCAACAGCUCCUUCGGUCGGUACAGAAUGAAGCCAAAUUUCGCGGUCUCCGUGUUUCUUAUACUACGGAAGCAAGCGUUGAGGAAGAACUGAACAAGUCAAGCAACACUGACGCCAAGAUUGUUGUCAUCAGCUACAUCAUUAUGUUCAUAUACGCAUCCCUGGCUCUUGGCUCCGUGACGAUGACCUGGAAGUCUCUGAUCCACAAUCCGGCCAAUGCCCUGGUGCAGUCCAAGUUCACCCUUGGUGUGGUGGGAAUCGUCAUCGUUCUGAUGUCUGUGUCUGCAUCGGUUGGUUUGUUCUCUGCUGCUGGCGUCAAAGUCACUCUGAUUAUCGCCGAGGUGAUUCCUUUCCUAGUUUUGGCCGUCGGCGUGGACAAUAUCUUCCUCAUAGUUCACGAAUUUGAGCGGCUCAACGUCAGUCAUCCAGAUGAAGAGAUCGACGAGCGCAUUUCCCGGGCUACUGGUCGGAUUGGACCUAGUAUCUUCCUGUCCGCCAUCACGGAAACUGUUGCCUUCGCAUUGGGUGUCUUUGUUGGGAUGCCUGCUGUCAGAAACUUCGCCAUCUACGCAGCGGGCGCUGUCUUCAUCAAUGCCAUCCUGCAGGUUACGAUGUUUAUUUCUGUUCUGGCUCUGAAUCAGAAGCGCGUCGAGAGCCUCCGUGCGGAUUGUAUUCCCUGCUUGACCGUGCGCAAGGCCCACUCUGGCAUGCCGGAGGACCCAGGUUUUGACGAUCUGGACGGAGAAAGCGCUCUGCAGAAAUUCAUCCGCAAGAUCUAUGCACCGUUUCUUCUCCACCGCAGAGUCAAGGUCGUGGUGGUAAUUACCUUCCUUGGUAUCCUGACUGCCGGGUUGGCUUUGAUUCCGGAGGUCGCCAUGGGCUUGGAUCAGCGUAUUGCACUCCCGAGCGACUCUUAUCUGAUAGAUUACUUCGAUGACCUCAGCGAGUACUUCAACGCCGGUCCUCCUGUCUACUUCGUCACACGGAACGUGAACAUCACGGAAAGAAAGCACCAACAGCAACUUUGCGGACGGUUCACAACAUGCGAAGAGUACUCACUACCGUUUGUACUUGAGCAAGAGUCAAAGCGAUCGGACGUUUCGUACAUUUCAGGCUCUACCGCCAGCUGGAUUGACGACUUCUUUUACUGGCUCAACCCGCAACAAGACUGCUGCUAUGAAGACGGCAAGCUGUGCUUCGAAGAUAGAACACCCGGCUGGAACAUCAGCUUGUCUGGCAUGCCCGAAGGCUCCGAGUUUAUUCACUAUCUUGAAAAAUGGAUCGACUCCCCCACGGAGGCUUCAUGUCCUCUAGGUGGAAAAGCACCAUACAGCAACGCUCUUCUUUACGACCCGAAACGCAUCAUGACCAAUGCAAGCCACUUCAGAACCUCUCACACUGCACUGAGGACGCAAGAUGAUUUCAUUAAAUCAUACAUCUCCGCACGGCGCAUUGCGGAUGGUAUCUCGGAAGAGCAUGGGAUCGAUGUGUUCCCUUACUCGAAGACGUACAUCUUUUUUGACCAGUAUGUCUCUAUCGUUCAGGUCGCCGGUACUCUGCUUGGUUCUGCUGUGGCGAUUAUUUUCGCCAUUACCUCUAUUCUUCUCGGCUCUGUCGCCACAGGUGCUGUCGUUACGGCGACAGUCGUGAUGACCGUAGUCGAUAUCAUCGGCUCCAUGGCCAUCUCAGGCGUCUCGCUGAACGCCGUCUCCCUCGUCAAUCUGGUCAUUUGCGUAGGCAUUGCUGUUGAAUUCUGCGCCCAUAUUGCUCGAGCCUUCAUGUUCCCAUCGCGCUCGAUCAUGGAUAACGUGCCGACAAAAUACCGCGGCAAGGACGCGCGUGCCUGGACGGCACUGGUCAACGUCGGCGGUAGCGUCUUUAGCGGCAUCACCAUAACCAAACUUCUCGGGGUGUGCGUUUUAGCCUUUACCCGGAGCAAAAUCUUCGAGAUCUACUACUUCCGGGUAUGGUUGGCGCUGAUCAUUUUCGCGGCCACCCACGCGCUCAUUUUCUUGCCUGUUGCGCUUAGCUAUUUCGGCGGAGAUGGAUACGCUGACCCCGAGGCCAGUGGGGGUCUAGAAGAAAACCUUGCUUCUAGAGGGUACCGCUCCCUGCUGGUUGACGAUGAUUAUGACUCGGACGAAUACUAG